AUGGUGUUUCAACGUGUGGACCCACGCCUGUUCAUCCUGGAGGGCUUCCAGUGGGAUGAUGUGCUAGACAGAGAAUUCAUGAGCCAUGCAGUGGCGCCGAUGAGACCACUAGCAACAAACGAAGACCUCACCAUCGUCAGCUUCCAUCCUCUGCUGGGUAAUGAACUCCACUUUGCCACAGUCAGAAACAUUGUCAGGGAGUUCCGUCAGGAGCGUAGGGUGCUCUUUCGUGCUAUCAUGCCAUGCCAUUUGGGUGAAGCAUAUGUUAGGUUCACCCAUGCAUAUGAUCGGGACAAUAUGAAUGGUCAAAACCAAUUACAAGUGCAACAGUUGAACCCAUGGGAACCAUGGCUGGCUUGCCCUGCUGAAAUCCCAGCCCAACAGAUGGCCCAACAAAUUCAAGAUCUCAAUGAGGAACCUAUGAAUGAUGAGGCUAUGGAAAUUGAUUUGAACUUACCAGUGCAACUUGAUCCCUUGGAGGUUAUCAUCAACCCUGUUAACCCUCCAAAGGCAAAUGAACCACUGGAUGAUCUCAUUGAAGUGGUGGAGGAGAACAUCCCACAGCAAGUCAUACCAAAUCCUAUUGAAAUCAACCCAGUGGAGGACAAUAUCAUGAUAAUUGAUGACAACAUAGUAAUGCCUUUAAUUGGGCAUGAAGAUGAAGAAAACCCAAUUCUGCCUGAUAAUGAGAUGGAUCAGCCAGCAUUAAACCCUGCUGAGGAAAAUCUUUUACCUCCACCAGAAGUACAGCAGCAAGAACAGGCUUUUGCUAAAUCUAAUGCAAUAUCCCUACAACAAACAAGAGAUGGAACUAUUGAGUUUUCCAUCCCAAAAAGGUGUCCUUCAAGCAACUUGUGCUGCAUCAUGGCUAAAAGACAAAGCUCCUUGGUUCAGCUAGCACCUAUAGAAAUGGAUAACUCCACAAAUCCAAAGGAAAAGAAAAUCAAAAGAAAGAUGGAGAAAAAAGGGUCACCUCUGGUUGAAAAUGAGGUGGAUGAAGCAUUGGUCUCUGAAGAUGAGCUUAACAAAAAGCAUACCAAGACAGAAAAAGUGAUCUGUAAGAAGGAGGCUAGGGCUAUGACUGAAGAUGUGGGGAUCCUAGGUUGCAGUGCACCGGACAAGAUAAAUGUUGAUGAUGAAACUGAAGUCUGA